GGGACCGGCUGCUGCCUCCUCUUUGAAGCUCCAUCUCUCCUCCGCUCUCACUCUCUGCCGAUCUCUCUUUUCUUUAUUUUCCUCUCUUUCUCUCUCUCUCUCUCUCUCUCUCCCCCCCUCACCCUCACCCCACCCCAACUCACCCCCCUCCCCUCCUCCUCCUCCAUCCUGCUCUCUCUCUCUCUCUCUCCACCUCGCCGCUUCAGACAGGCUUGUGUGUUUGUCGGGGUUGAGGGGGUUUGAGUUGUCAGCUAGAGGAGGGAACAUGCAGCAUCCCGGAGGAACAUGCGUGGCAUUACCCAACGUGGAUGCCUGCCCUCAGCUGUCCUGCGCAGCCCUCACCUUCAUGUAUUUACAGCAGGGUAACCAGGACACGCAAGCAGCCCCGGACCCAUCCAUGGCACAGGCUUACCAAUCAGCCCAGUUUGCCCCCCCUCCCCAGAACGGCAUCCCAGCUGAAUUCACAGCUUCACAUCCCCAUCCGCAUCCACACUCCCACACACAUCCCCAUCAGCACCCAGCAGCACCACAGGACUAUUCUGCAGUCCAGGCCUCCGUCAGCGAGCAUCCACUCAACAUGUACCAGUCCUCACAAAGCCACAGCGAGCAAAGUGGGUCAGACUCCGGCAGUCAGACAGUCACCGGCACAGCCACACAGACAGAUGAUGCUGCGCAGGCAGACAGUCAGACGCCAACACAGACUGUACCCGAAAGCACAGACAGCAAGACCCAACCCAAGAGACUUCACGUCUCCAACAUCCCCUUCAGGUUCAGAGACCCAGACCUCAGGCAAAUGUUUGGCCAAUUUGGCAAAAUCUUAGAUGUGGAAAUCAUCUUCAACGAGCGCGGUUCUAAGGGUUUCGGGUUCGUAACGUUCGAGCAUAGUGUGGAUGCUGACAGGGCAAGAGAGAAAUUACAUGGCACCGUGGUAGAAGGCCGUAAAAUAGAGGUCAACAAUGCAACAGCCCGAGUAAUGACAAAUAAGAAGACUGUCAACCCAUAUGCAAAUGGCUGGAAGUUAAAUCCAGUGGUCAGCGCUGUCUAUAGCCCAGAAUUCUAUGCAGUACCAGGUUUUCCCUACCCAGCAGCCAGUGCAGCAGCGGCGUACAGAGGAGCCCACCUACGAGGUCGAGGACGGACCGUGUACAACACAUUCAGGGCGGCUGCUCCGCCUCCACACAUCCCAGCAUAUGGAGGUGUUGUUUACCAGGAUGGAUUUUAUGGUGCAGAUAUUUAUGGUGGUUACGCUGCCUACAGAUAUGCCCAACCUACUGCUGCCACAGCUGCUGCAUACAGCGACAGUUAUGGACGAGUAUAUGCUGCUGACCCCUACAACCACACACUCACUCCAGCAGCCACAUACAGCGUUGGUGCCAUGAACGCGUUCGCCCCGCUGACAGAUGCCAAAACUCGGAGCCAUGCUGACGACGUGGGGCUGGUGCUGUCCUCUCUCCAGGCUAGUAUAUACCGGGGAGGUUACAGCCGCUUCGCACCCUAUUAGCGACACCUCCAACCCUACACUCAACCUUCCAACAGGACAGAAAGGAAAAUGCGUGCGUGCGUGAAUGUGUGAGCGAAUGACGACGACAGAGAAAGAAAGAAAGAAAGAAAGAACGAGGAAAGAUGUUACUGAGGCCUGGGUAUUGCAAUACAUGCAGUUUGUGCAUCAUUUCAGCAUCUCCUAAGAGAGAAGUACAAAAUAAAAAUUAAAAAAAAAAAUAAAAAAGAAGAAGAAAAUGACAGCUGAUAUUUUUCAUCUUAUACCUCAGAUAUUUUGUGCUGUGUAUUUUGAUAUUGUGGGUUUUUAAUUUCUAAAGAUUUAAACAUAGUUUAUUAGCUGUAGAGGUUUUUUCCAUGGUACUAAUAGAGAGCUGCUAGAGUAAUGAUUAGGACACAAAGGAAAUAUUUAUCAAAUUCAUAUUGUUGGGGGCUUGUAUAGAACUCCAAUCCUGUAAGAUAAUCAUAGUCACACUUUGGGGUUUUUAUGUUUUGUAAGAGUGUUAAAGUGGCUAUGCUACUCAAGUGUUGUUGUUUUUUGUUUAAAUUUUUUUGAGCCCUCUUUGGCACUAUUUUCUCUGUCAAAUUAGCAGCAGUAGAUUUUUUUUGUAUCUAUUUUUUUUUUUCCCGAUUGGUUUGGGAGGAAGUGAAGAAGCCUUGGAAUCAUGAACACUGUCAAAAAAGGCUGGAUUGGUAAGUCAGAAAAGCUGAGAGCAGCAUGAUUGCUAUGUUUUAAUCCCACCGUCUAGGAAAUAAUGACUUUGACUGGAGAACAAGCUGUUUCCUCGUGAAUGCAACUUUUACUAUGCUGUACAUGCUCAUUGUUGGUUUAACAAGCCCAGAUAUUGGUCCUUUCUCAAGACAAAAUCCGAUGUAGCGUGUGUGCACUCUCAAAUUAACAUGCAUUGUAGCCCAGUUUGGUGUGCUUUUGCUUUGCAUUCACCUAGAAAGAAGAUUUUUUUUUUGUUGUAUAACAAUUCACCAGAAUGCAGGAAAAAUUUCAAUUUUCAAAUUAAACGCCAUGACCUCUAGCUUAUUCAGCACACAUGUAAAAAAAGACACAUCAUGUAUAUAUUUAAAAAUUGAUUUUUUUAAAAUUGGAAUUUAUAAUUUAAUAUACUAUAUUGGCAUGAAUAUAUUAACAAUAUUGCCAAGGCAUUGACAGUGCUGUAAUGAUAAAAAAGACAGAGAAAACUAAAUACAUAACACAUGAUUUUAAAAAUAAACAGAAUGAUAAAAAGAAACAAAAGAAUGGAAACUUUGCUUGUCAUAAUUUCAGAAUGGGAGCAUUAUCCAGCUAACAUUAAACA